AUGGGGGUCUCACUGACACCCCUUGCCUUGCCGCGUUGGUUCCGCCAGGCAAUUCCUCUAACUAUUUUUGUGUUGCUGCCUUAUCUCAGUGCUCAGAACCUUGGUGAGUGGCUCUUUUUCCCUCCUCCUACUCAGGGAAGAACUCAGGAGUCUAGGCCCUCAGAAUCCAGGCUCCCUUCUCCAGAUCUCACUGCUCAGCUUCACCUCUUCCCAAGUGUCCUGUCAGGCUUAAGGCCUGGGGCGCAGUCCUGCAUUCCAGAGGGUCCAUGCCCUUCCAGGUUGGGCUGCUUGCUAAAACCUCUGGUGGCCCCAAAAAGGGAAAAGUCUCCCUGUCUGGGGCCUCCGGGAGUGCUGGGUCGCAUGAUAAGGCCCUUUCAUGCCAGUCUGAAUCUGGAAGGGGAUGUGGAAUUGUUCCAGUAUCUGGCAGGAUGGAGGGAACUAAUCAGGUUCCUAACUCCCCUUGGCUCCAUCUUUGCCUUCGUCACAAGCGAGGCCUUCACCAAGGUGACAGCACUCGAGGCUCGCGUGCACGGCCCAGAUUCCACCCACUACACAUCACUGGCAACCCUGGCGGCGUGAGAGAAGCGGGCAGGACUGCUGGAGCCGCUGGGAAGGGUCCCCAGGGACUCGGCCGGGUCUUCGGGCUCACGAACACUGCUCUUGCUGCACGGCGCGCUGCGCUGGUCCCAGCUCUGCCUCCACCGGGUGGCGUCAGGAACGCUUGGAGGCCCGGACGCCAGUGUGCAACGCGGCGAAGUCUACCGCAGCGUCCUGGCCCCGCAUCACCCCUGGCUAAUCCGUCAAGCCGCCCACCUCGCUCUUCUCGUCCUCCCAAGUCGCGGCCGUUUGCUGGAGCUGGAGUGUCCAGGAACCCGAGAGGCGGACGCGCGAACUGCGCUGGCCCGGGCCGCCGGCACCCUGGAGGAUGUCUACAACCUCACCCAGGGACUGCUAGCCGGACACGGACUCCUCCAGUUGGCUUGAAGACUGCGGUGGCGGGAGACUGGCCCGGAAGGAAGAGCCCUGGAGCCGGGUCAGCGCAACCCAGGGUCGCAACCCCAAAACUGGCGGGGGACCCCUGUGCUGGCAACUUGGCUAUCCCGCCCCAACACUGACGUCACCGCAACCAA